AUGAGCUUGAAAGAAGUAUUCGAACAACAUCCAUGGAGGUCAUUUAAGAAGUUCAAUGAAGCUGCAAAGAGUUGGGGAUUUACUAACAGAGCUGAAGUGAAAAGGUUCUUUGACAAAAAUGUUGUACAUCAAACAAAAAUAAACCCUUACGACUACUUUUUACCAAUUUACUCCAACACUCCUGACGCAUACCAAUUUGACACUCUCAUUCAAAGCAGAAAAGGAGGACAUAAACCAUUCCUCAUCUUCAUUAAUGUUAACACUCGUAAAGCAUAUGCAUAUCCAAUGAAAAAUAAAGGAACUCGUGAAGUGUUAAGAGUUUUACAAAAGUUUGUAGCAGAACAUAGCCCAAGUACUUUAACAUCAGACCAAGACAGUGCAUACCUCAGCAAUGAAAUCACAGAUUUUCUCAUUAAGCAUAACAUAACUCACUACACUACUGAAGACCAUAACCAUAACAUACUCGGCAUCAUAAACCGCUUCAUAAGAACGCUCAGAGAUUUAAACCAAGAGCGAGACUUUACCGAAGAAACAAUGAAACAUUUUCUCGAA